AUGCCUAUCUCACUCAAUCCUUCCCACUCUAACAAACAGAUCUUCAAGGUCGCCGCAGUUCAGGCUGAACCUGUAUGGCUUGACCUUCAAGGCGGGGUCGAAAAGACGAUCCGAAUCAUCCAUGAAGCGGCUGCUGAGGGAGCCAAGAUUAUCGGUUUCCCAGAAGUCUUUAUUCCUGGCUACCCCUGGACUCCAUGGGCUAACAACUUUGUUGACGCCCAAGUUGUACUCAAGGACUAUCAAGCCAAUUCAAUGCCUCUUCAAUCCCCGGAAAUGGAUAGAAUCCGAGAGGCCGUUAAAGAGGCUGAUGUUAACAUAGUCCUCGGGUUUUCUGAGCGCGACGGGAGUUCCCUUUACAUCGCUCAGGUCACUAUUACAUCCGACGGGAACAUCGCGAACCACAGGCGUAAGAUCAAGCCCACUCAUUAUGAGAAAACCGUUUUCGGGGAUGGAAGCGCCCAGUCUAUCUACAAUGUAGUUCAGACCCCGUAUGGAAGGCUCGGAUCUUUGAAUUGCUGGGAGCACAUCCAGCCGUGGUUGAAGACCCACUUCUACUCUCAAUACCCGCAGAUCUUCGUGGGAGGAUGGUGGCCUGCGUUUCCACCUCUGACCGGCGGAUCGCCCUACAUCGUCAGUGGUGAGGCUUCCAGCCGGAUGAGUCAACUCGUGUCUAUGGAAGGGGGCCUAUUCGGCCUAGUUUGCUGCCACGUCGUCACUGAAGCAGGUGCUCGCAAAAUGAAAAUGCUCGGCUUUCCAUGGUUCAAAUUCCCUGGUGGAGGGUUUUCCGUCACGGCGUCUGCAUUAACCGAUCCUGUCGAUCCUGGGAAGGAGGUCGUCCUAUACGCAAAUAUUUCCCUGGACAAGAUCGAUGAUGUUAAGCUCGUCGCCGAUGUCAUGGGGAACUAUUCUCGCUUUGACCUGUUUCAUACCGUAGUUCACGGUAAAAAUUGGAAGCCCGUUGCUUACCGUGAACCGGACUGA